CUAAAUCUAAAUUUUUAAUUUUUUUCGUGAUAGCUGUUUCUUAUCAUAAAUAUAUUAUUAUAAAUGUCUAAAUAAGUUAUCAGGCUUGUGAAAACUAUUUUGUGGUUAAUAAAAAUAAUUUCCGUUGUAUAGUGAUAUUAAGCUUUAAUCCAAAAUGAUGUUAACAAGUGGUGAACACAUAUCUUACAUUGCGAUUCUGCUAUUUAUGGUACCACAAAUAAGGGCAGUUAUACAAAUUGGAGGACAAUACGAUAUAUCAAUAGGAAAUGACAUUGUGACUAUUUCAUCGUUCGAACCCAAUGAAUCGAUCAUUUUACCAGAUAGGUGUAAAUUAAGAGAAAAUAUUGCAUCGAUUGGUGACAACAAGUGCCAAUUUAGAAAAGUAGCCAUAGAUGAAAAAAUAGAUUGGCGCUCCCAAUUUAUCCAUGUAACACAAUUCGAUAAACAUUCCAGUGUUGUCUAUUUAGAUUGGUUACAUAAAUAUGGCAAUAGUGUCUAUAACUAUGUUUUAAGAGUGAAUUUAAAUGAUUUGACUUGUAACGUGUUCACAAUAGAAAUAAGAAAACUGAAGAACUUUUCAUCAUAUAUCAACCCAUGUAUAGAAAAAUUAGAUGAAAAAUUUCUGGAAAUGUGCUAUGUUUUCCAUUGUUAUCCGGAAAACAAUAACAACAAUUUGAAUACACAAUUGGAACUGGGUUCCAAAAGAACUUACAUAUCCAAUAUUGAAGCUGAGCAAGAGAUACCUACAGAAUCGAAAUUAGACUACAUCACAAAUCCGAAGUUAAAUUGUGAUUUAUAUAGAGUACCAUUUUUAUUGACCUUAGCUACUCUUAUACUUGUAGUAAUAAUAUUUAUAAUAGUUUUAGUAUAUAUUUGGAAAAAAUACAAAAUCAUAGAAUACCAGCAGUGGAAAGAUUACUGUGAUUUAAAUAUAUACAAAAAUGCUAGCACCAGAAGUGACGGCUACCUAACUCCAAAAUUACCUGAGCCACACACCUAUCAAGAUAUUAUCUUUGGCCCCCCAUCUCCAGAACCACAUUAUGAGAUGGCGCCUUUGACGAAUACUGCUUUAAAGACAGAAAAAGAAAGUAGGCGUAAAGAUAUUAUGUUUACAUGAGUGUAACCUAGUUUAACCUUUUCUGCCUGUCAUUGGAGAAGUAGAAAAUAUGAAACCAGAGCAGGACGAAACAAACCAGAAAAGUCGGAGGCAGAAACAGGAUGACCGAAAACAAACAUUUGCUUCUUUAACUUAUUCGACAUCUUAUCGAUUCGUUUUUCGCCAAAGUAUAGUUACAUUUCACCAAGGAGGCAACAAGUAGGUUUUAUAUGGGUUCCAUCAUACAUUGGACUUCAAGGAAACGAUGAGAACGCGGAUUUUCAUGCCAGAGAAGCAAUACACAAUGCAUCUUCAGUGUUAGUGAACUUAGUGUCUGUUUCCGACUACAAAUCGUUCCUCAAGGAAAAAGUGAUAAACGAAUGGGAAAACGAGUGGAAUCUUUCACAAUCAACUCUACACACAGUAAAGCCUUCAAUCGAAUCUUGGUGCGAGAUAGACUUAAAUCGCCAGCUGUUUGUGAAACUAACUCGUUUACGUAUAGGCCAUAGCAGACUAACUCACAGCUACUUAAUCUAUCAGUCAAAUCACCCUAUUUGUGACUUAUGUAAGUGCGACAUUAAUAUAAAACACUUAUACAGAAGUAAAAACUUCAAGUUGUAUACUGGUAUAAAAUCGUUUAUUAAAAACUUCAUAAAAUGUCGUGCAAAACGUUUUCGUUCUAAUUCAGAACAUCUUCAGUGCAUUCUGAUAAGUAGUAGAAACUAUCACACUAAUUAAAGUGGUGACAUCAUAAUAUAUGGUUUACAUGUUAGAUUUAAUAAAAAUAUGGUGAAUACCAGUCGAUGUUGAAAGAUUAAAAUCAGUACAUGCUUAAAGGGCAACAUGCUUCCCUGCUCGAAAAAGUAACUAGGUACUUGCCAGUUCAAUGGACCAACUAAUAUAAAACACAUGUUAAUAGAAUGUCCUAAAUAUAUUAAUGAAAGACAAAAACACUCAAUAGUGUCAACUCAAUAUAAAAACAGUCUUAGGGCCGGUUGUUCGAACGGUAAUCAAAAAUGGAAUCAACUGAUCAUUAUCAAAUAUUUAAUUACUAUCAACUUUAAUUGGGUUGCUGAAUUGUCACUAAUUGAUUAAUUAUUAUUUAAUUAUAUUAUAUUAUAUUAGUUAUUGAUUGAUUAUUUGUUGCAUAAAAGUCAAUUUGGUUCACGUUUAUGCAACGCAUCACAAUGAAUGAUUAGUGUUUUACGUGUAUUUGAUAUCUCGAUUUGAUUCUCUUUAAAAAAAUCGAUUACAAUCAACUGUUUGGCGCACGAACAACGGAUUUUGUUAUUUCAUGGAUGCUAAGGGGACAUAAUUAUUAACUUCUUGAUUAGCGUUCGAAUAACCGGCCCUUAGGAAAACAUUGUAAAUUUACAAAUAUGUUUAAUUUCUUGAAAUAAUAAUAACAUUUAUUUUCCAUAAAAGUAGGUAUACAAUUAAUAAUAAUACAAUACUAUACUUACAUCACAAUACAAUAAUUAAUUUAAUAUUACAUUUAUUUAAUUGUACUUUGGUCAAGGUAAAUAAACAAUAGUUCCCAUUAAAACAAUGAAGUAGAGCAUGGGCCAGAUUUUUUUUUACAUUGUUCAUUUAUAUUGAGCUUACAUUAAAUUUUUAUUUAAGCGAUUAAACAAUUUUACAUAAUGUAACAAUUAUAUUAAGUUAAAGAAUUUUUUAAGCGAUUUCAAUUAAUUUAAUCCCAUCCCCUUUCAUCGAAUUCCUCCUUGGAUUAUGCAGACCCCUCAAACUAACACAAAUUUAACAAAAUUCAAUAAAUAUGAAACACCUAAAGAACUCAUGAUAAAAGCUUUUUUUGAAAUUAUACACAAUAAUCACUUUGAUCAAGUAAUAUACAACGAUGCUUCCAAAAGUGAUUUAGGGGUUGGCUGUUCAGUCACCUCUCAAAACAAUCUCAUUUGUGCUUCUUUUAUUCCUCUUCUGUGCAGCGUACAUACUGGAGAAUUAUAUAGUAUCUUACAGGCUGUUAAGAAUAUUAACCUCCCGAAUAUAAAUGUUGCCAUUUGUACAGACUCUCUAGCUUCAAUUUUAUGCAUUCAGGAAUUAUUUACCGAUCAUCCUCUUGUCCAAAAUAUCCAUCAUUGUUACUACCACCUUUCUACCUUAAACACUAAGAUUACAUUUAUAUGGAUUCCGUCUCACAUUGGUAUACCUGGCAAUGAACUUGCAGAUCAGCAUGCUAAAACGGCUUCAACAGAUACCACGUCAACAACCCACAUCCAAAUUUGUAAAGAUUUGAAAACAGAAGCGUACAGAUUCACAUGGAGAUUAUGGCAAACCCACUGGAGUUCCUUAAAUACAUCUUUACGUGCAAUCCAGCCCUCAGUAUAUAAGCCACUUUACACUGGCCCCACAGGACUCUCUAGACAAGACCUUAGAAAUAUAAGAAGAAUCCGUAUAGGCCACACCAAACUUACUCACGGCUUCCUGAUGUCAUCAGAUAUCCGGCCUAUCUGUUUAACAUGCCAGUGCCAACUUACCGUGAACCACAUUAUUACCGAAUGUCAUCAGUUCAGUGUAGUAAGACAACAGCUCAAACUAAAACCGCAGCUAUGUGACAUUCUAAGUGAUACCAACCAGUUAGACAGAGUUCUUCAGUUUUUAAAAAAAAUAUCAUUGUAUCAUAAACUUUAAUUUUUUUUAUGACAUAACUUGUUAAUGCUCUUUAAUUCUACCUCUUGUAAUCUUGUUUGUAAUCGUCCCGUGCGAGUGGCUAUAGUUGCCGAGCACGUUAAUGUAAAUAAAAAAAAAAAAAAAAAUUAAUUUAGCAAUUCUAUUAAAAAAUUGACAUAAAAAAGAAUUUCUACAAAGGAGAGAUAUUUCGUGCCUAUAACAAUUGAUGCAUAUAUUUAAUCUGAGACUACCAACUUUAUUAAUUGGUUUCAAAAAGGUGGCUGAACAUUUGCCUGUGAUUUUGUUUCAAAUACCUACUAAACAAUUUCUUAAUCAUUUUCAGGGAAUAUAUAGUGAUUAGGUAUGUUUUGUAAAUUUCAGGGAUCAAAUUGUAGAUUCUUCCUUGUAAACACUCAAACUUUCGUUUCCCAACUGUUUUCUUUGCAAUAUUUAAUCUAACACAGGACUGUGCUCUUGUUCUUGUAUUAUAGGUAUGCUCUAAUGGUGUGAGUAAAUGUUUAUUUUUGUAUAGAUUGGCAAUUAUGGUAAGAAUAUAUAAUUGUCUUGUAUCUAACUUUUGAGAUUCGCUAUAUAGAUCAAUAGUAGAGUAUCUCGAAGGUCUAUUGUAAAUAAAUUUCAAUAUUUUUCUCUGGAUAAUGUCUAAUUGGUUUAGGUGUGUAUUUACAACUCCACCCCAACUAAGGAUUCCAUAACGUAGACGCGAUUCUACCAAAGAAUAGUAAAUACCCUUUAGAUGAUGGAUAUCUAGUAUGUUACGUAAAUAUCGAAAUUUGUACAACAGACAUCUCAAUGUUUUACACGUUUGGUUUAUGUGUAUAUCCCAUCGUAGAUAUGAGUCGAUGUGAACUCCAAGGUAUUUUGUAUUACUUACUGCAUUAAUAUUCAGAUUCUGUAUUUUUAUAAAUUUAUAAUCUGGUAGACCUCUCUUAUAGCUUGUAAAUGGAACAUAAACCGUCUUAUCCAUAUUUACUGUAAGAAGUUUGUGGUUAAAUAUAUCAAUAAUUCUUCCUAAGUCAUGUUCCAUUUUUCUCUUUAGUUCCAUCCACGUAUCUGCAGAGUACAAAAUUGCUGUAUCAUCUGCAAAACUUAAUAUAUCACCUUCAGUACGGCAAGUAAGGAUAUUACAUUAAGGAAAGACAUUAAUGUUUUAAACAAACUGUAACUACUCUUAAUAUUUUGUAAACCCUACUUAUAAAUUGCAAAAAUUGUAAUUAACCAAAAAAUACUGUUAGAUUUAAGUAACCUUGUAUCAACUAUAGUACAGCUGAUAACUAGACUUAGGCAAAUAUGCAAAUUGCAUAUUUUGCAUAUAAUGCAUAAAAAAUGCAAAAAUUUCCAAUUUUGCAUAUUUUUAUAUAAGUGUGCAUAAAGUGCAUAUAAUUUUAAAUUUUGGUUGUAACUAUACAUAUAUUUUUAUAUUACUGUAACAAGUAGCUUGGGACCUCAAUAUUUAAUUUUGUUUUAUAAUCUCUUGGUACAUAUACAAAUUUUGGGUACCUGAAUGUAGUAACUAAUAAAAGAGCGGCUUAUUAUAUGUACAAAGUUUUGUCACGUUUUGGUUACAAAGGUUCCAAAAUCAGCCAGUUUAUAUCUCUAGGUAAAAAUUUUUAUUUUGACGGCCCAUUUCGCUUUUGUUGUAAAAUAAGCCGUGAAAACGUGUCUUCGUAAUUGUGAAUAAUUAUUGUGCUUUGAAAAUGCCGCAAAUAGACAGUUCAGUGUCGUGGUGUCAUUCAUAAAAUCAAAUUAUAGUUUUGUUCAGAAAACUAUUACUACUCAAUUAGAAUUCUCCAAAUAAUUAUCAUUGCUAGACAGUACAUUUUAAAUAAAAGAAUUUGAAUCACUGUUUCAAAACGUUAAAAGUAAUACAUAUUGGAUAGGAAAUUUUUCAAAAAUUUAAAGCUACCAUGAAAAAAAAAAACAGUGGUUGUUACCAGAUUCUUUCUCAAGUGGUUUAAGUACUAGGCUGGGACAUUUUUGGAAGCACUUAAUUUAGAACCAACUAUUAUCGUAAAUUUGAACAAUGCCCCAAUUACAUCAGUUAAUAUCGAAAGAAAUUUUUCUAUGUAAUCAGAUAGAAGCCAUAAGUAUUUGUUAGAAAAUUUUGAACAGCACUUAAUAAUUAUUUAUUGUUACCACAAUUCGAAAUAACAUCAAUUAUUUAUUUGUUAAAAUACUCAAAUACUUAAAUAUUUAAUUAAUUAGCUUAGUUAGUAAAAUAUAUACAUGUUAAUUAAUACACCAUGUGGAGAUAUUGUAAAUAUGUUUGUAAAUAAAAAACUACUGUAAAUAUUUUUUAAAUUAAGUACAUGCAUAUUUUCUAGAUAAACGUGCAUAUUCUUAUGCAAUCAACGUGCUCUUUUAUUAAACAAACACCAGUAAGAUGCUU